AUCAAGAGUUGAAAGCUAGGUUCAGUCUGGUUGUUGCAAGUUAUUAGUGGAUUGUCCGUAGUUAUGUUAGUAAAUAAAGUUUUAUCAUGAAACUCUUUUUAUAUCGAUCUAGCGCAUCGUAAUUGAUGCCUUUACAUUGAUCUCAUAUUUCAUCUCGUUACAGGGGAUGCUAUUGCUUUAAGUGAAUUUGCUGAAAUGGAAACUGAUGAUACUUCAAGCUCCGGUGGAGCGAUGGCUUCAUUUAAUAGCCUAUUUUCAUUUACAAGCCCGGCAGUUAAGAAACUACUGGGGUGGAAACAAGGAGAUGAAGAAGAAAAGUGGGCUGAAAGGGCAGUCGAUGCUUUAGUAAAAAAACUGAAAAAAAAGAAAGGUGCAAUUGAAGAAUUAGAAAGAGCGUUAAGUUGCCCUGGCCAGCCGAGUAGCUGUGUUACGAUACCUCGGAGCUUAGAUGGGCGUCUUCAGGUAUCUCACAGAAAAGGACUGCCGCACGUUAUUUAUUGCCGUGUAUGGCGUUGGCCAGAUUUACAAUCCCAUCAUGAAUUGAAGCCAAUAGAACUUUGCCAGUUUCCUUUUUCAGCUAAGCAAAAAGAAGUUUGCAUUAAUCCGUAUCACUAUAAAAGAGUUGAGAGCCCAGUACUGCCUCCAGUUCUUGUUCCACGACAUUCCGAGUUUGCUCCUGGGCACUCAUUAUUGCCAUUUCAACAAGUCGCCGAGCCUGCGAUGCCACAUAACGUCAGCUAUAGCGGUACUGGUUUCAGUGGAGGGCCUUCUUCGCCCAUCAGUAGUGUUUCCAGCCCUUCAGCUCCGUCACCUCAUAGUCCUUAUUCACCCAAUGGACUAACUGAUGACUCGGCUGCUCCUAGUUUUACCAGUUCUGGUGCCGAGGAGAGCCAGUCUUCGCCAGCUGGUGAUGCCGUUCCCAUCCCCAUGGAUACUACGUCCAUGACUGAAGUGGCACCAGUUUCCUACCAGGAGCCUCCAUACUGGGCGAGUAUAGCUUACUAUGAGUUGAACUGUAGGGUCGGCGAGGUGUUCCACUGUCAAGCUCACUCUGUCAUUGUCGACGGUUUUACAAACCCAAGUUCAAAUAUGAACAGGUUUUGUCUCGGGCAGUUGUCAAACGUCAAUCGUAAUUCAACAAUAGAAAAUACGAGGCGACAUAUUGGAAAAGGUGUCCACUUGUAUUAUGUUGGCGGAGAGGUGUAUGCUGAGUGUCUAUCGGAUUCAGCUAUUUUCGUCCAAUCAAGAAAUUGCAACCAUCAUCACAAUUUUCACCCAUCGACAGUGUGCAAGAUACCGUCGGGUUGUUCGCUGAAAAUCUUUAAUAAUCAAGAAUUUGCUCAGUUACUUUCCCAGAGUGUCAACCAUGGCUUUGAGGCCGUCUACGAAUUGACUAAGAUGUGCACAAUUAGAAUGUCCUUUGUAAAAGGAUGGGGAGCAGAAUAUCAUCGGCAGGACGUCACAUCUACUCCCUGCUGGAUAGAAAUACAUCUUCACGGCCCCCUCCAGUGGUUAGACAAAGUGUUGACCCAGAUGGGCUCUCCCCAUAAUCCAAUCUCAUCAGUCUCGUAAUGUCUUCAAAAAGAUAUUCAGAAAUAAUGAAAACAUUCUAUGAGUGCUGAUUCACUAUAAGAAGGAUAUUACGAGUGAUCAAUGUGUUUUCGCAGGUUAUGUUUAAAAUGGUUCGACAACCAUGUUUUCAAGACUUGUUUUUAUUCAGGGAAAGGCUGGAGCAAGAUGGCUACAGAGGAAGACAAUUGGUUGAGCGGAACACUUCUCAUAUUCCAGCAGGUUUUGUACAUUCUAAGAUGAUCAAAUUCAUCUUAUUGCUAGUUUUUGGAAUGAUGUGGGCCAUAAACGGUGAAAUUUCUAAUGCAGUGAUAGAUCUUUCACACUGGAAUAAUGUCAAUUUCGCUAAAGUCAAAGAUGAUGGAAUUGUAGCAGUGGUACACAAGGCAACUCAGGGAGUGAGUGGAGUGGACUCAACAUAUGCUCCUAGGAAAAUUCAAGCACAGAAGGAAGGACUCCUUUGGGGUGCCUACCACUUUGGCACCAAGGGGAAACCUGUGAAACAAGCUGACCACUUCUUGGAAACUGUGGGUGACACAAAUGGAAUUCUACUCAUGCUGGACGUGGAAGAUAAUAAGGGAGCUGAGAUGAGCCCGAAUGAAGCUGAAGAAUUUGUUAAGAGGAUUAAGGAGAAGACUGGUCGUUACCCAAUGUUAUAUGGUAACCGCUACUUCCUGCAACCGUAUAACCUGGAAAACUUGAAAAAGUGUCCACUUUGGAUAUCGCACUACACUGGCGUAUCUGCUCCUAGGACACCAAACCACUGGAAUUCAUGGAUUCUCUGGCAGUAUACCGAUGGUAAGGUUGGUGGCACUCCCAAGACUGUCAAUGGUGUCGGACCAUGUGACAGGAAUCGCUUCAAUGGGUCAAUUCAGGAGUUGAAGAAUCGAUGGCCUAACCUGUAAGCAAUCUACAGAGAACUGUAUUAUCUGAUAUUCCUUCUUAGAGACUGAUAACUUAUUUAAUUAAAUAAUUAUGAUUUCCAUUAUCAGUGAUCUUAAAAACUGAAAGCUGUACACAUUGAACUUGUAACAACUUUCACAAAUAGUUAUACUGAAUAUCCUAGUUUUUGACAUAAUAAACACACAAUUAACUAUUGAUCAUACUUUAUUUGUUCCAUCUUUCAUUUUGUUUCAUCUUUCAUUUUCUUGUCUCUUUUUUUAUAUUGUGAGAGACUGCAUAAAUCCUCUUAUAGGACAUCAAAAUGUUCUGUACCAUAAACAAAUUUUUUUCAAAACUGGUAUUUUAUUUGUAGUUCAUGGUACUCUCUCAAUACAUCAAAGAAAGAAAUAUUUCAAGAUAAUAUUCCUUUAUUAUAUUUUAGAUAGAAAUGUUAUUGAGGAUUUUUAUUUAACUACAAUCGUUCUAAUAAUAAUAUUAAUGCUAUGAAAUAUUGUAUUUUGUGAUUGUAUCAUAAUUUUAUUUCACAUACAUUAAUUAACGCUUAUAUUAAUGAUGAAUCUUUUGGUU